AUGCUGAGGAGAGUGCUGAUAAUAAAUCCGAACGGAUCGAGUGCGGUUACUCAAUUGAUUAAAUCGGGUAUCGACCGCCACCUGGAUCCAGAAACACUGAGCACAUAUUGGACGUGCCCUGGCGGGCCUCCGGUUUUGCAAUGCCACGAUAUCGACCAAAACGCAGACACAUGUUUUCAGCUACUGCUCGAUACCACCGAAGACUAUGAUGGCUUUUUGUUGGCGUGCUAUGCAGAUCACCCACUUGUCACGUUAUUGCGAGUUCGAGUCGACCCAAAACCGAUCGUGGGCAUCUUUGAAGCCAGCAUAUACGCCGCUCUCAGUGGUCUCCAGCCCGCUAAGCGCUUUGCAAUCCUGACAACCGGAGAAGCAUACGAGAAGCAACUCCAAGAGGGUGUGGUACGCUUACUUGGCAAAUCUCGAGCGGAUUCUUGUUUUGCUGGGGUGGUUUCAACAGGCGUGGACAUACUUGACUUCGCCAAAAACUCGCAAGGAAUAGUAGAAGCGAAGAUAAAAGCAGGGGUGAAGAAGCUACUCGGCAAGUCUGAGAUUGCAGCUAUUUGCAUAGGUGGUGUGAUUUUGUUUGGCAUGGAAUCUCUGGUUAGAGAAGCAUGCCUGGAAGAGCUCGAAAGUGAAGCUGGUCGAGAGAUAAUCGUGAUAGACCAGUUAGAGGCAGGUGCUGUUAUGGUGCGAUAUGCCGUUCACAAGAAGUAA